GUCAGUUGGGUCUGACGCUUAUCAAUUGAAUACCUGUCCAAAUUCGACUAGAUUCCACUCGUGAUUUUGGAAAAUUGAACAAUCUUUAUGAUCUCUGAUCACGCGAUGAAGUUUUGCAAACGGACACCAAUCACGAAUUUUCAAACAACCGUGUUUGAUUUUUAGGAUAAAGUGUUUGGAUUUGCGAACGAAGCAAGCGCAGUACAACUAACUGAGAUGGCUCUCGCCAGAGUUAAUAGACUGUGGCUCGAUAAGGUUGUCGAUAAAUCGAAGCAGGUUCAGUGGAUUUACGACGUAAUCUUCAGCCCCAAUGGAUCAUAUAUCCUUGCUGCUGCUGGAAACUUAAUCUUGGUAUACGAUACAGCCGAGGGCGUGCUGCUUGAUAUGUUAAAAGGACACAGAGAUACAGUGUAUUGCCUGGCCUACGAAAGUUCUGGAAAAAGAUUUGCAUCUGGAGGAGCUGACAAAAGUGUUAUAAUCUGGACAUCAAAAUUAGAGGGUAUUCUUAAAUAUACACAUAAUGACUCUAUCCAGUGCCUUGCCUACAAUCCCCUCACACAGCAACUUGCAAGCUGUACAACAAAUGAUUUUGGUCUGUGGUCUCCAGAACAAAAGUCUGUUCAGAAGCACAAAGUUCCCUCUAGAGUGACUGCCUGUAGUUGGACAAAUGAUGGGCAAUACUUGGCUCUUGGUCUUUUCAACGGAUUUGUCAGCAUAAGAAACAAGGGUGGAGAAGAAAAAGUGAAGAUUGAGAGGCCUGGUGGAUCUCCUGUCUGGACACUGAGCUGGAAUCCAUCCAAAGAAGAACCUUAUGACAUUCUAGCUGUUGGUGAUUGGUCUCAGAAGCUGUCUUUUUAUCAGCUCAGUGGAAAACAGGUUGGAAAGGAUCGUUAUCUUGGGUAUGACCCGUGCUGUCUAAGCUUUUUCUCCAAGGGUGAAUACCUUAUUAUUGGAGGAUCUGACAAAAAAUGCACUCUUCACACAAAAGAAGGAGUGGCUUUGACAUCUGUGGGAGAACAGCAAAGUUGGGUUUGGUGCUGCAGAGUAAGGCCAGAUUCCAACUAUGUGGCACUGGGAUGUCAAGAUGGAACAAUAGCAUAUUAUCAACUGAUCUUCAGUACUGUCCAUGGCUUGUACAAAGACAGAUAUGCCUUCAGAGACAACAUGACAGAUGUUAUUAUACAGCAUUUGAUAACAGAGCAGAAAGUUCGUAUCAAGUGUCGAGACUUAGUCAAGAAGAUUGCUAUCUACCGACACAGACUUGCUGUGCAACUGCCUGACAAAAUAGUUAUUUAUGAAUUGAACACAGAUGACAUCUCUGAUAUGCAUUAUAAAGUCAAGGAAAAGAUUGAGCGCAAGUUUGAAUGCAACCUGCUAGUUGCCUGCUCCAAUCACAUCAUUCUUUGCCAGGAGAGAAGACUCCAAUGCUUAGCAUUUACUGGGAUCAAAGAGAGGGAGUGGGUGAUGGAUUCACUGAUACGUUACAUCAAAGUGAUUGGUGGUCCAUCAGGACGAGAGGGUCUCCUUGUUGGCUUAAAAAAUGGCCAGAUCAUGAAAAUAUUUAUCAACAAUCCAUUCCCCCUGUUGCUGUUGAAACAAGAGACAAGUGUUCGCUGUCUGGAUUUAAGUUCAAGUCGAACCAAGUUAGCUGUGGUGGAUGAAAACAGUACCUGUCUUGUGUAUAGCCUCAAUAACAAUGAGCUGCUCUUCCAGGAGCCAAAUGCUAACAGUGUUGCUUGGAAUACCCACAAUGAGGACAUGCUGUGUUUUUCUGGUGGUGGUAUGCUGAACAUCAAGGCCAGUAACUUUCCUGUACACCAACAAAAACUACAGGGUUUUGUUGUUGGUUUUACUGGAUCUAAGAUCUUCUGUCUUCACGUGUACACCAUGUCUGCAGUUGAAGUGCCACAGUCUGCUCCAAUGUAUCAGUACUUGGAAAAGAAAUUAUACAGAGAUGCAUACAAAGUUGCCUGCCUUGGCGUGACUGAGGGAGACUGGAGAGCACUAGCCAUGGAAGCCAUGGAGGGCCUGGAUUUUGAUACAGCUAAAAAGGCCUUCAUCAGAGUGCGGGACUUGAGGUACUUGGAGUUAAUCCACAACAUUGAGGAACGUAAAAAGAAAGGAGAGACAGAUGAGCAGGCUUUCCUAGCAGAUGUUUAUGCCUAUCAGGGAAAAUUUCAUGAUGCUGGAAAGCUAUACAAGAAGACUGGACAUGAUGAGAAGGCGAUGGAGAUGUUCACUGACCUAAGGCAGUUUGAAUAUGCCAAGGACUUCAUCGGCGGCAGUGAUCCUAAGAAUGUGAAACAGCUGAUCAGGAAACAAGCUGAGUGGUGUGAAACAACAAAUGACCCCAAAGCUGCUGUGGACAUGUUUAUUGCUGCUGGCGAAAACCUCAAAGCUAUUGAAAUUAUUGGACAACAUGGAUGGGUCGAGAAGUUACUUGAACUUGGAAGAAAUAUGAACAAAGCAGACACCGAGGGAAUAAGACAGUGUGCUCAUUUCUUCAAACAAAUGGAUCAGCACGGGUAUGCGUCAGAAAUGUUUAUGAAGAUUGGUGACAUCAAAUCACUGUUGGAACUUCACGUGGAUACAAAACAUUGGGAUGAGGCGUUUGAACUUGCGGAAAAACAUCCAGAAUUUAAGGAUGAUGUAUUUGUUCCGUAUGCAAACUGGUUGGCAGAAAAUGACCGAUUUGAUGAAGCUCAGGAAGCUUUCCACAAAGCCGGGCGGAGGGAUCAAGCGGUCAAAGUACUGGAACAGUUGUGUCACAACGCUGUCGUAGAACACAGGUAUCACGAUGCUGGAUACUACUUCUGGAAGCUGUCAGUGCAAUGUUUGGACCUGGUCGGUGGUGAAGAAAAUUCCCAGGGUGAACCUGAUUAUGAAAUGUUGGACAAAUUUCACGAGUACCAGGAGAAAGCAGAGAUUUAUCAUCUAUAUCACUCUAUUCAAAGAUACACUGAUGAACCAUUUACUUCCCAUCUUCCAGAGACACUUUUCAACAUCGCUCGUUAUUUGCUACAUAUGCUGGUGAAAGAAAUCCCACCAGGAGUGUCAAGAGUUUCGACGUUAUUCGCGCUCGCCAAACAAAGCAAGAAUUUAGGGGCGUAUAAAAUGGCACGUACAGCUUACGACAAGCUACAGUCAUUGAAGAUUCCUCUGCGUUUUCAAGAAUCUAUUGACCUGGGAAGUGUAACCAUUCGCUCGAAACCCUUCCACGACAACGAGGAACUUCUUCCCCUGUGUUACCGCUGUUCCACCACGAAUCCACUUUUGAACAACAAAGGAAACCAGUGUAUCAACUGUGGGCAGCCAUUUGUGUAUUCAUUUUCGUCUUUCGAAGUACUCCCGCUGGUCGAGUUUGUGUUGGAAGAUGGCAUCAGUAAUGAGGAUGCUUUGAAACUGAUCGAGGCGGAACCACCCAAGAGCAAAGAAAAGAAGCGCUCAAACUGGCAGGAAAGAGAUAUGGGAGACUUUCAGUCCCUGCAGUUCACAGAUGAAACCCCCGAAGAGGAAGAAGAGGAUCCGUUUACAGCUAAGCUGAUGAGUUUUGAGCAAGGUGGAUCUGAGUUCGUCCCAGUCCGCGUAGGUCGCUCAACUUUACAGGCCAUGAACAGCCGCGAGGUGCUCAUAAAGAAGUGGCCUAGUCCUCUAAAAUACCAAUAUUACCGAUCACUUCUCCCCGAUGUCUCUAUUACACUUUGUUCGUCGUGUAAUCGGUUAUUCCACACAGACGAUUACGAGCUUUUGGUUUUACAGAAAAAUUGCUGUCCGUUCUGCCGCAAACCAGCUGAUCAUCUGUAGCGCUAAUUUCGACUUUCUACACUGAGCCCGCGGGCUUUGAUAUCAUCACAGUUACUUAGCAAAAUGGCAUGCUGUCAUUUCAUCACUCUCUCGUUCGUAACAGUGUAAUUUUUAGACUCAAUGUCGAGAUAUGAAGUUUGCCUUUGCGUUUUAAGAAUUUUCGUCGAAAUGGAUUUCAAUACAAUAAUCCACUUUUUUCCCCAACAGGAGAAUUUUCACCUUACAGCCACGUUCAUCUUGAUCAGUGAAAAUUUGUUUAUACAGUUCGUUUAUACAGUUUGUAUAUAGCUUUGCUUGUUAUUUCGUUCUAAUGUAAAUAUCAUGCUUUUUCCAAAGAGACCUGAGCUGAAAGUAAAUUAAUUACAGCACGGAAACCUCAUUAAAAGCUGCUUA